AUGUCUUCUCUGGGCACUGGGAGGUCCAGGCUGGACCUGGCACACGAAAUAGGAACCUGGGAGAGCCCUGAGGUGGGCGGCGAGCAGCCCCUGCCCAGGACCUUCCACAGCUCCUCGGCAGCAGUGGGAGCCUGUCUGUACGUGUUUGGAGGGGGACACAGAGGAGCAGAGCCGGUUCAGGACCAGCAGCUUCACGUGUUUGACACAGCCACCUUGACCUGGUCCCAGCCAGAUACUCAGGGUGAUCCCCCCUCUCCUCGGCAGGGACAUGUGGUGGCUGCAGUUGGGACCAAACUCUUCAUCCAUGGAGGUUUAGCUGGAGAUGUUUUUUACAAUGACCUGUUCUGCAUUGAUACAAUUGACAGGAGGUGGGUGAAGAUCCCAGCCACGGGUGAGGUGCCAGGGGGACGGGCAUCCCACUCCUCUGCUGUGUUUAGGGAGCACUUGUACAUUUUUGGGGGAAUUGGUCCAGAAGGGGCACUCAGCACUACCUACAAGUAUCACACAGAGAAACAGCAGUGGACACUCCUGCAGUUUGACUCCCCUCUCCCUGCUGGGCGGCUGGAUCAUGCCAUGUGUGUCAUUCCCUGGUGUGCUGGGAAGAGUGGAGACAUGGGAGCUGUCACCUGUGAAGAGGAAGCUGGGGAAGAGCCAAGUGUGUCAGCAGGUGACACAGCUGUGCCCCUCCAGAGGAGGGGAGAGCAGGGGGGCUGUGCUGAGGACACAGUCAUGUACCUGCUGUUUGUGUCUGGGGGGAUGGACACCCAGGGGCAGGUGUACCAGGACUGCCUGGUCAGCCUAAUCCCAUAG